UUCAGAGUAAAGAAAACGCUAGUUCACAUCUUAGCGCUAGUUCGCCCCAUGGCGGGCGACAACUUCGCUCCGGUUGGAGGCGUGGCCGGGUCGGCGUUGCCCGAGAUCACCGAUGAGGUGGCGGAGCGCCUCUUCCGCAGCCUGGAGAUGAUGGAGGCCGACUACCAACGCACCCUAGCGGCGGAGCGAGACGUGGACGAGGAGGAGGACCUGGGCGCAGCCGGAUAUGCAGCUCUAGGCUCCGACGAUGGAGGCAGUGACGAAGAUGAGGAGGUGCCCGCAGGUGAUUCAGACUGGGGCAACUUUCAAACUGGCGAGGAUGUGUGGGCGAACAGCACCGCCGCACCUGAGUCGGAGUUGGAGAGCUUCGCGGACUUCGGCGACAGUAACCCGGCGCUACCGGCACCCCCAGAGAUGAGCCUCUUGCAGGCGAAGUUGCUUUCGCGGGACGAAGUCCAGCUCAUCAAAGAGACCAUGCAGCAGAUUCAGCUUCCGACACCUUCCUGGGCGCAGCGAUUGUCCGACCGCGACUUUCAGCGCCUCGUCCAGGAGUCGAUCCGCAGCGGGGCCUGAGCCGAUGAUGCGCAGGGUGUGCAGAGAUGUGCAGAUACAUGCCGCCCUGGUGUUCGAAGAGAACGCAUGACAAAACAUGAGAUGGGAGAAAGACAGACUUGAAGUAGAAUUCGUCUCAAGGUAGAUGGGACUCCCCAUAUGACCAGACUGCCCUUGGGAUUCAAGCCGCAAAGCUUCUCGCAAACCACUGAAC